AUGGGAGACAAAGUAGGGAAGGAGAAGAAGACUGCCAAUGGCGGGGAUACGAAGGAAGAUUAUUCGGAGAAGAUCAUUCUCAAUACGCAUUGUGAGAAAUGUGCCUCCAAAAUCAAACGAAAAGCAAAAAAUUGCCAAGGAGUGGAGAGUGUGGAGGUGGACAAGGCUAACAACAGAUUGACGAUCGUCGGGCACUUCAAAGCAUCGGCGCUCCUACUUCAUUUGGAGGCUGAAUCUCAUCAGAAGCUCGAGAUCGUCUCAAUCCAACCAAGCUCAAAGAAGGCUUCCACCGUGGUGAUCAAAAUACGUAUGGACUGCGAUGGCUGCAUUAAACGAGUGAAGAAGGCUAUUCUGAGGAUUAUAGGAGUGGAAGAGAUAAAUGUCAAUGCUGAAGAGGAUCUGGUGACCGUCGUAGGGGUCAUGAAAGUGGAUUUACUCUCAUCGUACCUCAAGAAAGAGAUCAACCGAAGCGUUGCGAUUGUUUCGGAAACUACUGGGGGAGGCAGCGGAGAAGGCGUCAGUGACGGAGUCAGAGCCGCCGCUAGCGGUGAAGGUGGCGGUUUUCCCCUCAGCAGUGGCACAGAUGGUGGCGGAGCCAGUAGUAGAGCCGGCGGCAGAGGCUGCGGAGCAGCCGACAGCAGCGACGAAGCCGGGGCCAUCAUCAACAACGGUGGAGUAGCCGGCAACAGUUCUGGCGCCAUCUUCGGUGGUAACGGCUGUGCCGUCGCCGUCGGCAGCGGAAAGAAGGUUAAGGCCGGCGGAGAGAAGCCAAAGGAGGCGGAAGGCAUUUGCGUAGGUGAAAACAAAGAGGAGGCAGGCGGCAGUGGCGAGAAGAAGAAGGAGAAGGCGAGUGGUGGGGUUGGUGACAAGAAAGAUGAGAAAGACUGCGGCUGCGAGAAGGAGGAGUGUGGUGGCGUUGGCGAGAUAAAAGAGAAGGGAGGUGCCGCCAGCGAGAAAAAGAAGGAGAGGGUGGGAUUUGUCGGUAGUGAGAAGAAAGACGAGGGAGGAGCUGACGGCGAGAAGAAAAAGGAGAAGGGUGGUGGUAGAGGUGAGAUGAAAGAAAUGGGAGGUGAGGGUGGUGUCGCCAAUGGCAGAAACAGUUCAUUCGCCGGCGGGAGCGGCGGCGGUGGAAACAAAUCCGGAGGUGGAGGUGGAGGAGGAGGCGGUGGCGUAACCCGACGUAACAUCAGUGCACUCGCCGGCGGGAGCGGCAGUAUUUUUCACAGAGCCGGCGGUGGAGUUGUAGGUGGCGGCGGCUACAAGACGAAUGAGGAGGAGGAAGAGAGCGAUGAUGAGGACGAGGAGGGAGACAGCGACGGAGAGAAGAACAAGGAGGAGGGAAGUGGCGGUGGUGAGAAGAAAGAGGUAGGAGGCGGGGGAGAGAAGAAGAAGGAGAGUGGCUGGCUUGGCGGCGGUAGUGAGAAGAAAGACGAGGGUGUCGCCGGCGGCGAGAAAAAGAAAGCGAGGAUGGGUGGUAGAGAUGGUGAGAAGAAAGAGGAGACCCUCGGCGAGAAGAAGAGGGUGGGUCGUGGCGUUGGUGAGAUGGAAGAAGAGGAAUGUGCCGGCGGCGAGAAGAAGAAGGAUGGCGGUGGUGGUGGUGAGAAGAAAAAAGAGGGAAGCGGCAGCAGCGAGAAGAAGGAGAAGUGGGGCGCUGGCGGAGAAGAAGGCAGAGUAAAGAAAGAAGAGGCAGCGAAGGUGUUGGCAAAGAAGACGUUGGCUCCGCCGGUUGUGGUGGAGAUGAAUAAGAUGGGUCUCCGCCG